GAGAGGAUACGGCCCCAAGGCCCGAGAACAAGGAGACUCAACGAAGACACUUGGCUUCCUUCGUGAAUCUUCAGCAAGAGCGUUGUAUUAAUAGAAUAACGAGCUGGAUAAGAAAACUUGCAUUGCCCGCUAUGUUAUGGCGAUCGACGAGGUCGCACAGGAUCGUCUGACUCAGAGCUAGGCACAGAUUUGGUCUUGUGUGGCAGCCAGGACACCACUUGUCAGGUCGAACAUUGUACGUAGGGCUCCCGUCUCGGCAAUAAAUCCCCUUCCUUCUGCUACAUUCAAGGCGGACACUCUGCUGUUUGGGUUUCCACUUCAUCCGGUUUCCUUGAAGCUGUCGUUGCUCCGAAGAGAAAGAUUCUGACUUAAAUUUUGAUGUGCGGUACGCGAAAGAUGGAUCAGAAGGUCGUACUGCCUUUGUGUUUGCUGCUCGCCAUCUGCACCAUCCAUGCAGCGGCUUUUCCUGCGCUAGAUACUCCGGAGUAUACUGUGUUGAAGGAAGAAGGUGAUUUUGAAGUCCGUUUGUACAAUGAGAGUGUGUGGGCUGUUGCCAUGGUAGACGAUUUUUCAUUUGUGCAUGCAACACAGGCUGGAUUCCACAGGCUCUUUGAGUAUAUCGAAGGUGGCAAUCACAACUGGACAAGAGUGCCGAUGACAUCCCCCGUGGUGACAGGGAUUGUUCCCUCCGCUGGGCCGUUCUGUUCGUCUGCCUUUGCCGUGCGGUUUUACGUUCCUCCGAAGUUUCACAAGGCGCCGCCAACUCCUCUCGAGGAACUUGACCUCACUUUCGAGCGCUGGGGCAAGCGAACCGUUGCAGUGAGGACAUUCUCCGGAUAUGCAAUGGACUUCAACGUGGCUCAAGAGGCUGAGAAGCUCUCUAUCAGCUUGGGAAGCUCAGAUUUUGCCAAGGAUGCUACUUAUCCUAUCGAGGGGCUGGAUUCUUACGCCAUUGCUCAGUACAGCAGUCCAUUUCAGAUUUUCAAUCGCAAGAACGAAGUGUGGGUCAACAUCAAGUUGGAUAAGUCGGCUGAGAGUCUGAGUGCAAAGUAGAUAAAGCCACUCGUAGAGCGGUCUUCGCGAAGGUGGAACAUGCCGUGUACUAUAACUUUUGUCAAUACGAUACGAGACAACGACUUCUGAUGCAAAGUGAGACAGUCAGUCCAUGUAGGCGAGUAAGUGCUGGACUCAUCCCUUAGGAGAAUGGGCGCCUGCGUGCAUUAAAAGCCAACAAAUGUUAGUUUCGAAACAUAAUAUAUAGAUGAGGACUUUAGCAAACUGGUCUUCGGUACCAAUGUGCGUACACUCCGUAUGACUAGUGUGCAUUGGAGUUACCGGUUGUGCUAUGGAUCAUGAGUGGGGAAUAGUAUCCUUGGUUUUUCAUGAUUUGCAGGUAGAACCGCAUGCAAGAUUAAAUUUGUGUGGGUGAGAACUGUUUUCAAAUUGAGACGGAAGGAAUCUUUUGUGUCCACAAAUACCACCAGAAACUUAAAAGAUGUUCCUCAUAUUCAUACUGUGUGUCAAG